AUCACAAGCAUUUCUUCGGAAAUCAUCCGAAGUAGGCCGAUAUUGAAGGGUGAUCAGCAAUCCCUGGUAUCAAAAAUGAAGUGCCUAUUGGUAUUUACUUUGGUUGUUUCUACCGCAAUGGCGGCAAUAGAUGAAAGUAGAAUUAAACUCAUCGAGAGGAAAUUUGAAGACUUGGCAAGGCAACUAAUGUUGACUGAACUGGCAAUGGGAGAACGAGCACGAUCCGACGAAGAUUCUGGAAUCAAGCAGAUCCGAAUUACAGCUGACGGCACACAAUCGUACUUUGAUGCAACACACACAUUCAACUCAGUUUGUUCUAUCCAUGAGCACUCCAACUAUGACAGAACUGUUGGUAUGGGUGAAUUCACUGCUUCCCUGAAUGGUAUAGAAUUUAGAACAAGACACAAUGACUAUAGACUAAGUAUGCCCCAUAGAACAAAGAAGGACUUCCAUUUACAAGAAAAUAUUCCUUUUCCAGCGGUUCCACCGUCAGUUCUUCGUAAGCCUACAUUACAGGAACAAAUUCAAGAAAUGCACAACUAUUUUAGAGCAUUCUCCUUCCAAAACUUUCACUUCAGAGACUAUCGUCCAUAUUUCAAACCUGUAUUAUGUUACUUAGAAGGAACAUGGACCGUAAAUACAAAAACUCUGAAUGAACCAUUUGAAAGUGAUCGUCAUCAUAUUGAUGCAGCAAGCUGGUUCGAUCUACAAGAAAAGAUUAGGUUCACAUCGUAUACAGGGGGAAAACACUACUUGGAAAACUUUUCAUACCUGCCAACAACUAUUAUGAACAUGGUAAAUGGAACACCCGAGUAUGCGCAAUGGAAUUACAGAAUAGCCUGUCAUCCGUUGAAAAACGACUUGCCAUUAGCUGCUAUGAAACCUGUUGACGAUAUGGCGGCUAGAAUUGGCCACAGAUGGAAUAUAACAAGAUUUUCCCAUUCGAGAGCAGCAAGAUUUGUAUUGGCUCCUGAUUUCAAUGGGAACAGAAAUAAAUAUCAUUGGCAAGAUGGAUACGGUUCAUUUCCGGAUAGAAGAACUUCAAUCAACAGUGUUCUUGACUUGGUCAUGUCAGAGAUUCCAGGUAAAGACAACUAUCCAGCAAAGUUGACCGAUACCACAUUUGGAAAAAGAAUACUAGACCCAAGAGUUCAUAAUGCAACGGAACUUAAUACUGGAUAUUAUCACAGGUACUUUAGACACGAAAGGAAAGGAGCCAUGGGGACGUUCAACGCCCACAGAGGAUAUUCGGACAGAAAUCUGUUUGUUGCUCAGACGUCAAAUCCAAAGGUGGCCGAGAUGAAAAUUAAAUGGUGUGGUAAAGAUGAACACACCCACAAACCUUUCUGUAAAGAAGAAGGAGUAAGAUAUUCAUACGCAAUUCCACUAGAAAUCAUAUACUUGAAUCCUUUAAUGUCGUGGAAUCCUUACAAUUUGGAGUACAUUACCGAUCAUAGACAAAAAUAUAUAGUAACUAAAAAUGGACGAAAUGGCGGUUUCACGUCCGACAAAGCCUACAAUGGUACAACAUAUGACAAGUACUACAGAACUCCGGUCGAGUUUUACCAUACCAAACAAACAACUGUCGAUAAAGAUGCUGCAGAUACUUCAAGAGGAGGGGUUGGUGUACUUGACAAACAUGGCAACGUUAAAAAAGUCUUAUCAGCUGGUGUACGUAUAACAUUACCUGAAAUUCCUGGUGUUGGAAAAAUUAGAAUGAGAUACCCCAUCAUGCCAAUAACAAGUGAAGGAAAUCAGAUUGGAAAAGAGGUAGAAGCAGUAAAAGAUGUAUUGAACCACCUAGAAACAAUGGGAGGUUAUCUUCAAGAAAGACCAAGUGCAUUGUCUGGAGGCGGUAAUUCUAAAGCAGAUGCACAUUUCCGUACUUCCGUUACUAACCAAGAUCCACCAGGUCAUCACUUUCACGAAAUGUACAUUCCCAACGAGGACAUGAUCGAUCUAGGAAAAGGUCAUACAAUCACCGUUGUGACAACAACAGAUAACGCACAUGACCAUAAAAUUGAAGUAUCUUAUGACCAACAUACACACAAGUACAUUAUUCAUAAAUGCGAUGGCCACGAUAAAUGUUGGGAUGGCCACACUGCUGACCUACUCAGGAUUACAUAGGUCUCUCUAUAAUGUUUAUGCUAAUUUGAUUUUGAAUAAACCAUUUGUUAACGCAAUCAAAA